CAGAGCGCAUGCGCUGGUAAAUUUAAUGUGGCAAUAGCCGAGUGUGUCACUUUUUUUUGUUCCGGUUACUCAUUUCUGUACCUUUGGGCGUUUCUACGAACUUUCACCGGGAAAACCCGUCGGAAAUAACUCCGGAAGCUACGUAGCCAGUCCGAUCUACAAGUGGAAGUCGUCAGAAUCUCAAAAUUCGGUGUGAAGCGAGGAGUAAAGUAGUACGAAGGCCCAGCUGGACCGUUGUGUUGAGAAUUUUUCAACGGUGACAGUUGCUUUUUCCCCUGGGGACUUUCCCCCUUUCCCUUGUGGCUUGUUUACCUGGACAUUUCCCCCGUCAGCCGACACACCUAUCAGGCGAUGGGGUUUCUCUUUUCAAAAUUAUGGAGUCUUUUCAAUAACGAAGAACACAAAGUAAUAAUAACAGGUCUAGACAAUGCAGGCAAGACAACGAUAUUGUAUCAAUUUCUAAUGAAUGAAGUGGUCCACACGUCUCCAACCAUCGGCAGUAAUGUGGAGGAAAUCAUCUGGAAAAACAUCCACUUCGUCAUGUGGGACAUCGGGGGCCAGGAAUCACUCAGAGCAUCAUGGAACACAUAUUAUACUAAUGCACAGUUUUUGAUUCUAGUCAUCGACAGCACAGACAGAGAAAGAUUACCCAUCUCAAAAGAAGAACUGCACAAGAUGUUAGCCCACGAGGACUUAAGACAGGCGGCCAUCUUGAUUUUUGCCAACAAGCAGGACUUGAAGGGUUCCAUGUCUCCAGCCGAGAUCUCCCAACAACUCAACCUCACGUCGAUAAAGGGCCACGGCUGGCACAUACAGGCCUGCUGUGCAUUAACAGGGGAGGGGUUGUACCAGGGUCUAGAAUGGAUAGCGCAUCAGCUCAAGAAGUAACAGCAGGGGGUGACGGGAGUAGUUGUAGCAGCCAACUUGUACAGAUGAUGAUAUUUUGUAACUUAAACCACAUUUUUAUGGUACAUUGUAUUUGUAAUACAAUGCAGACUGUAACUAUGUAAAACCAGUGAAAAUUUAGUGUUUCAUUUCAUGAAGUGA